CGUGAUCUUGAUUCUAUGCUUUGGUUUAUACAACCAGGGGUUGUAUUAGGUUUUUUGGCAGCUGCAACACACCGCAGGCUCAUAUUUAACUGAUUGCUUACUAGAAUUCCAGGAUCCUUCUCAGGGUUACUGCUUUUGAGCGGGGUACCACCUAUUCUAUACCUAUGCAAUUGAUUUUUCAUGCCUAGUUAUUUCAAUUUAUCAGUAUACCAUUUGUCUCCACAGACCAACACGGAGAAACAAGUUACGUUUUAUGAGGGAAAAGCCUCUUUUCUCCCUGCCCAUAGAAGGGCCGCCUGCAUUCUUCAGAGAGCCCGCCAGGGGACUCUCUCUACACCUAUACUGGAAGGCCUGGCAGCCUCCCACCUUCAGUGGGGAACUGAGCAUGCGCUCACCCGUUUUGCCCGAGGAGAUGGAAGAAACUGAGCAUGCGCCCUCCCGUUUUACCGGGAGAGAUUCCCUUCUCCUGGGGUGGGGGAGGGGAGGAGUGACGUCACCUAAAAUCCUGCCUCCCUUUGUUUUUAUCCCGAGAUAGUGCUAAGAAGUGAAGUGUGUUGCCAUGGCAAAUGAAUUGUGCACAAAUUCUGAUAUUUCUGAGGUAAAACUUUUGGAGCUUCGUUGCUUGAAGUCCGUUUUCCGUUUCAAGACUCUUUUCUCGAAAUAUUCGAUCGCCGCUGGGGGAAUUUUAAGCCUUCGCGUGACUCAUCCUGUCACGACCACCAUUUUUUCCCUCUUCUUGGCGCCAUGACGGGCUCCUCAAUAAUCUGCCUUUUUAAUCUGGGUCCAUCCGUGUCUUUGACAAGAUCCUCAAGUGAAGCGGGUUUGUGCGUGAAAAAAGGAGCCUUUGGGAGGUUCAUAUUUAUGAUUAUUUCAAUUCCUUCAGUCGGUCGAUAUAUGUUUUAAGUCUCCACAGACCAUCGUGGAAAACGUUUUAUGAGGCGAAAGAGAAUCCCUCUUUCCACUCCUCGAUCCCUCCCCCCUCACCGUGCUCUUAAGCACCGCCUGCAUUUUACAGAGAGCUCGCCAGGGGGCUCCCUCUUGCACCUACUGGAAGGGCUAGCAGCUUCCCAGCUUCAGUGAGCAACUGAGCAUGCGCCUGCCUGAUUUGUAAAGGGAAAGGGAAGAUUCCCUUCUGAAGAUUCUCCUGGUACAAAAGGAAAGGAAAUGACAUCACCAAAAGUGCGACCUCUCUAGGAUCUCCCAAGGCGAAUUGAAGGGGUGGUGAGAAUCAAAGCUCCAGACCAGUCAUGUUGCCCCCACCCCAGCUGGAAGGGACCUUGGAGAUCUUCUAGUCCAACCCCCUGCUCAAGCAGGAGACCCUAUACCAUUUCAGAUAGGUGGCUGUCCAGUCUUUUCUUAAAAACUUCCAGUGAUGAAGCACCCACAACUUCUGAAGGCAAACUGUUCCACUGGUUAAUUGUCCUCACUUGUUAGGAAGUUUCUCUUUAAUUCCAGGUUGCUUCCCUCCAUACGUUGUUUCUUGUCUUGCCUUCUGGUGCUUAGGUAAAUAAAUUGUCCUCUUCUUUGUGGCAGCCCCUCAAAUACUGGAAAACUUCUAUCAUGUUAUCCCAGUCCUUCUUUUCUCUAGGCUGGCCCUACCCAAUUCCUUAUUACUAUCGUUAUGAUUAUUACUCUGUUGUUUUCCAGAUAUACUGAGAGCUUCUGCACUGGAAACAAAUUUCUUGUGUGUCUAAUCACACUUGGCCAAAUAAAGUAUUCUAUUCCAUUUAUCCUCAUACAGGUACCAAAAUAACUUGUGAGCAAAAGGGAUGAAGGAGCUGUUGAGUCUUCUCUAGGAGUUCUGCACAAUGUAGUUCCUGGGAAUGAAAAGAUCCUUGGAGAACUGCAAGAUUUCUUAGCUACAUUUGAAGUUGUGCUAGAGGAUAGAGAAAAUGGAGGAAUAUCUAGCAUUUGAUGGAGCUGAAAAAGGCCGUCUAGAAGCUCAUUCUUGGACCUAUAAGGAUGUUUGGGCAAAAACUGAGCAGAAGGUCCUAGAGGAGGACACUAUCAGUUCAGAGGUCCAGCACAGGCUCUUCAGGAGCAUCCAGUACCAAGAUUCUAAGGGCCCCCGAGAAAUUUGUAACCACCUUCAUCACCUUUGCCGCCAGUGGUUACAGCCAGAAAGACAUACUAAAGCUCAGAUGUUGGAUCUGGUGAUCCUGGAGCAGUUCCUGACUAUCCUGCCCCCAGAAAUUGAGAGUUGGAUUCGGGAGUGUGGAGCAGAGACCAGUUCUCAGGCGGUGGCCCUGGCCGAAGGUUUCCUCCUGGGCCAGGUGGAAGAGCAGAAGAAGACAGAGAUGCAGAAGUCAUUCUUCAGCAUAGUCCCUUAUCAUUCCAAGGGAGUACAAAAUCCAUCAAAUUCCUCUCUGAACCACCUUUCUAGGAAAUUCACUGAGGAAGUUCAACUUCAGGACACUUCACUGGGUAAGAAUGUAUUCCUUCCAAGCGGUGUGAAAUUCUACAGAAAGAUUAGAAAUACCUCCCAUUGUCUGGAUCUUCUCAUGCAUAAUUUUGCUUUUAAAAACACUUAUUCCACCAUUUUUGUCUCCUUUGCAGAAGAUAUAACAGUUCCACUGAUAUUUCUAGGAUCCCCUCCUUGUACCGGUGGAGCUGAAAAAGUAACUGAAUCAGUUGUUCAGAUAGGAGGAGAAGCUUCAGUAAGUUGCAAAGAACUGUUUUGAGGCUUCCUGAUUUGUUGUGGGGUUGAAGUAUAAUAUUGUUGCUUCUAACCAACGUGAAAAGGGAAAAUGUGGGUUCAGUCCUUGACCGGUUACACUUAGCUUAUCUCUCUGCUUGUUAAAGUUCAAUUUUGAACUUUGAACUUCAAUUUUGAAGUCCACAUGACUUAAAGUUGAGAAGUUCUGGUCUAGACGCUACCUAGGCAAUUUCAUGUACCUGUUCAGGGAAGAGAGUUAAUCCCUGAUAAGGUAUCAUGGUCUACAUGUAAUUCCUUGAGCAGUUGGUUAACAGGGUCCUGUUUUUCCUUGUCCAGGAGGGUCUUGUGUCCUUCGAGGAGGUGGCAGUGUAUUUCUCCGAGGUUGAAUGGUCUCAGCUGGAUCCCCCCCAAAAAGUCCUCUACAGGGAAG